AUGGUUAAUCUUGCUUCAUCGCUUCUCAUCGCAACGGGCAAAAUUGCUUGCAUUUCCUUACGCCUUCGAUUGGCUGAGUUAGAACGGGCCUGGAAAUCUGAUUGGAUAUCUGGCGGACGAAUCGAUAGAAUGCUGAAUUAUCUAAAACGUCGUUUCUCUUCCACAGAACUUAUCAAUGAGAUUCAAUCUGGGAUGCGGUUUGGUGGACAACAGGAACAGCAGCCUGCUCAAAGUCAAUCAACUCAAAGGCAGCCUCAGGAUUACAAAUACUUGCCAGAACAAGUUAGAAAACAGACUGUAGAGGAAAUGUGUAUGCAAGGAUCAGCGGAAGGUCAAGGUCGAGGACCCCGAGUGCCGUUUCCUAGUGCGCCAAGUUCUCCAACGAAACAAGCCUCAGCGUCAGGAUCUGGAUACGGAGGUGCAGGAAGCGGAGGAUUUAUGAAUACAGUGACAGGGCAAUUGACUAAAGCAAAGCAUCUAUUUUCCACAGAGACUCUGAAUUCGAUUAUUUCGGAUGUAAAAGUACCUGGAGUUGUGAGUGGAUCGAAGUGCAAAAUUUUGUUGGUGAUUGAUCAUCCAUUAACUGACUGGGCCAAGUAUAUCCCUAGGCGAAAAAUCGAUAAUGAUUUUGAUGUCCGGGUGGAACAAGCGCAACUAAAUGAUAUCAGCAUAUCUGCCUGCCCAAAUCAGGGUUGUGUAGUGACAGUUCAAGAUGGUCGCUCAGCUCGCUCUCAAGCCAGAACCUUCAAACCGGACUUCGUGUUGAUUCGUCAAGGGCUUGGAGUUGCGACGCAGCACUAUGAGAACCUGAUCACAGGACUCAUGUUUGGCGCGGUGCCAUGCAUGAAUUCUGUUGAAGCUGUCUACAAUAUGCGCAAUAAAGCCUGGCUGUUCUCCAACCUCCUAAAGAUACAAAAUAAAAUUGGCGCGAAUGAAUUCCCUCUCAUUGCUCGAAGUUACCAGGCCAAGAGUCAACCACUUCGUCCAACUUCGACAAUCACCACACCCCUUCCCGAAGAGUAAUCUCCUAUACGUGUCCAUGACGAUCCAGCCUAUACGCAAACACUUUCUGAGCUCAAAAUUGAGUAG